GAAAUAUUUUAUUAUAUACGGUAACUAACACAGCAGGUUUCCCUAGAAAAAACGGCGAUAUAGGGAAAGAAAGCCCCACCACUCGUUAAGUUGCCGUAUUUUGGUGGUAGUUUGCAUGAAAUAAAUGAAUUUUAUAUACUUUUUAAUAUCCUUAUUAAAGUAUGAAUUAUCCAAAAUUAAUUAGUCAAUUGUACACACCAAAGAUUGCGUGGUACCAAACGGACGUUACAGUAGUUAUACGUAUUUUAUUGCAAGACGUUGAUAAUUAUUUUCUUCAAGUUAAAUGUGAUCAUUUAUUAUUUAGCACUACAGUAAAUUCAAAACAUUAUUACAUUUGUUUAUAUCUCUUUGGAACUGUAAAAGCAGAAGGAACAACUCACAUAAAUCUAGGAAGAGAAAUCAAAAUUACCCUUGUUAAGGCUCAUAAAUGGACUGAGUGGUUAAGAUUGCAUAUUGACAAAGAAAAGAAUCCUUUGAUAGUUUUAGAUCCAGACCAUAUAUAUAAAAAUAAGUGGACAUUCGCAUCAUUAAGAAUUACAGAAAAAAAGGAAAGUUUUGCAGAGUAUAAGCGUAGAAAUAAUAUAACACAAAUAAUGCCAGAUGUACCAUCUAGCAGUGAAGAGGAAUCUGAUGACGAGGCAAUGGACAAGCUGUUUUACCAUUAAAUGCAUUAUAUAAAAAAGAGUGAAUUAUAAUAAAUUUGUUUUAAAAAAUUAAGAAA